AUGAUUUCAUUUUAAAUAGAUCAUGGCUGGCUAUUAUAUAAAGUUUAUCUCCACUCAUGACGUGGUUUAGUUUUCCCUUUAUAAACGCAACAUCUUAGUCCAAAAUUGGGCAAAACGUGUAUUGAAUUGUGAGAAAGAAUCCACAAAGCAGAACAUUCAGAUGGAAUGGAGAAAAUAUUAUUUGGAUGUGUUGCUGGUACCAUUAGGAUUUAUGAUAAUAAUUGGUUAUCAUGUUUGGUUAUGGCAUAAGGUUCGUACACAGCCUUCUUCCACCAUUAUUGGAAUCAAUGCUCAUGGAAGACGCUCAUGGAUCCCAGCCAUGCUUAAGGACAUUGAAAAGAAGAACAUCUUAGCAGUUCAAACUCUACGUAAUCUAAUAAUGGGAUCAACACUUAUGGCGACAACAUCAAUUCUUCUCUCAGCUGGCUUAGCAGCAGUGAUUAGCAGUACAUACAGUAUUAAGAAGCCUCUGAAUGAUGCUGUUUAUGGAGCUCAUAGUGAAUUUAUGGUAGCACUUAAAUAUGUUUCACUCCUAACUAUAUUCUUAUUCUCAUUUUUCUGUCACACUCUGUCCAUUAGGUUUUUCAACCAAGUCAGCAUCCUCAUCUGCACACCACUAAAUGUCAUGUCUAUUAUUGUGAUCACACCUGAAUAUUUGACUGAGCUUUUGGAGAAGGGAACUAUUUUGAGCACUGUUGGGAAUAGACUUUUCUACUCAGCACUUCCUCUUUUGCUUUGGAUCUUUGGACCUGUGUUGGUUUUCUUGUCUUCUGUCGCUAUGAUUCCAGUGCUUUACAACUUAGACUUUGUUUGUGGAAAUGGAAAUGGACAAAAAGUUAAGAUUAAUGACAAAGGGGACGAAGGCUAUGUUUAAGAUUUACUCUUCGGUCUCAAAAUAUAAAUAAAAAUUUAUUAAAUGAAGUUGAUAUAUUUAGUCUAAAAUUUAGAUUAAAUACGUUAAUUUUCUUUGAUUCAUUUUUAUUUAUAUUUUGAAAUAGAAAAAGUAUUUAAGAAAUUAAAGACUCAAGACGUAAUUUUAGUAUCUUUUCUUUCAAAAAAAAAAUAAAAAAGUUAGUUGUGAUAAAAUACACCUAAUUGUGUGUUUUCACGAAGUAUAUUAUUGUAAUAUUCAUUUAAAAAUGAUUAGAGGUUUUAACUACUACUAGAGGUACAUGUAUUAUUAUUUGGUAGUUUUUAAAUAGACCAUAAAAUUAAAAGUAUU